AUGCUACGGGAAUCACAGCAUUCAUAUCAGUCUGAGUUCAAGGAAUCGGAAUUACUUGGCCAAGCUAUUCCACGACAUCGGGCAACAAAGAACAAGGCUCUGAAAGAGAGUCGGGUUUACUUUAAGUCCGAUCUACUCACAAAGCUUUCGGAGAAAACCUCCUUAUUUUUACUUUACAAGUUGGUGCGGAAAUAUUCAACGAAAGCAGAGGAGAGGCAAAGAAUCCGUAGAGGAAAGCAGAUGUUCUUUCUUGAAAACCUUGCAAAAGCUACCCACCUUUCUCUUCUAUUCGAAGACAAGAGGAGAUCCGAGACUCAGAGAAAGGAACACCUUUUCGUCUCCUUGAUUUCGACAAAAAGCAUCGUAUAA